AUGAUCAAAUCAACGCUUAUUUUUAGAGACGACGCUCUUCCGCUUUGUUCGUCUGUUGACGACGACACUGAUCCCCAACUAUCCGAACAGCGUAAAAAGGUGAAAGUACUGGUGUCCAGACUGACACCCACUUCUGCCAAUGAAGCCACCCUGGAAAGCGGAAGUUUCGAAAUACACUACGUCCGCGAAAACGCGGUGGCAUAUUUCGUGAUCGUGGAGCAAGGUUAUCCGAGAAACCUUGCCUUCUCGUACCUGAAGGAAGUUGCACAAGAAUUUGAGCACUCUUACGGAAAUGAGUACCACAAACCCUCGGUACGCCCGUAUGCCUUUGUCACAUUCGACAACUUCCUACAGAAGACGAAAAAACUGUACAGCGAUAGACGAGUUCAGAACAAUCUAGACCAGCUGAACCAAGACUUGAGUGGGGUCAAACAGAUCAUGACCAAGAAUAUCGAGGACUUGCUGUACCGCGGGGACUCGCUCGACAAGAUGAGCGAUAUGAGUGCCUCUUUGAAGCAGAGCUCGAAAAAGUACCGCAGAUCGGCCCAGAAAAUCAACUUUGACCUACUGAUCAGCCAGUAUGCGCCCAUCGCGAUAGUCGCCUUUUUUUUGUGUUUUUGA